AUGUAUUGCUUACGACAUGUAUUGCUCUAUAAUCCAUACACGGAGGAAGGAAAGAAGUUUGAUGCCCGCAUGGGUAUAGCUCCACUGAUUUGGAAGUGCAAGAUAGUUGAUGCGGCAGCUCCCGAAAGACGAGUGAUAGAUGCUGUCAAAAUAUUCCAAGAUCUUAUCCACUCCCACUUGUCUGAUCGACAACAUGAUGACAUCAGUUUAGCUUUGUCUCUCUCCCAACAAUUCGGAAUAGUCGAAGAAGAAUUUACUUCGUUUGUCACAGCAACUUCAUUGAACACCGAUGACAACGACCAACAACAACAGAUCUGCAGCAGCAGGUAUUCUACUUCUGCUUCUUCUUCAGAUUAUAAUACUUGGAAUCAACAACAGAAUCUUCUGGUGGGAGUAGACGACCAAAUUAGAGCACUUAAACAAUGGAUUUUGGAUACCAAAUCCUACGACUUAGUUAAAUCAGUUUUGGGCAUGACCGGAAUCGGUAAGACUAGUCUUGUUCAACAAUUUUACAACGACCCACUUGUUAUAAAAGAGUUCGAAACUCGUUUAUUUCUGCACAUCGGCCCACGCUAUACUCGAUCGGUAGAUAUUAUGUUGCGUGUUCUCAAUGAACUUGGUGUCGUCAUCCCUUCUGAUAAACUAGACAAGGAUUGUUUGCAGAAGCAAUUGUCGGAGGCUUUAUCUACUCAAAAUUAUCUAAUUGUCUUAGAUGAUGUAUGGGCUGACGACAUGUAUAUGCUCCCUAGUGGUUUUCUGGAAAACAAAAAAAGAAGUCGGAUCAUCAUCAUAUCUCAGAUCCAAAGUUCAUCAGACUACAUUUAUACAGAUAAGUUUAUUAUAUUACCACUUCUCAACGACAACGACAGUUGGAAACUACUUUAUCGGACCGCAUUUAGUAAUAGAGAGGAGAAGUGCAGUCGAGAACUUGAGAAAAUUGGGAAGAAGAUUGCCGAAAACUGUGAAGGACUCCCUGCAGCAAUUAUACAAGUUGGAGAGAAUCUGCGCGGAAAAUCUUUUCAAGAAUGGAAGACAUUAUCGGAAAAAGAAGAUCCACUCGUCAUCACAAGAUAUGACGAUACACCCCUGUCAAAGGCACUAUUUUUUAGUUACAUGAUGUUGCCUCAGUAUCUAAAGCCAUUCUUUCUGUAUAUGGGUGUGUUCCCUAAACAUUAUGGGAUUUCUCGAUCAAAGCUCAUCAAAUUGUGGGUCUCCGAAGGCUUUCUGGAUACAUACCCGAGGAUUGAAGAAACUGCCGGAAACUACUUAGAUCAACUUAUUCGGCAAAGUGUUGUUUUGAGAGAGAAGCAGGCCUCUAUUGAUAAGUAUAAAUUUAAGAACUGUAGACUGCAUUUCACCUUUCGAAGUCUAUGUGUUAAUGAAGCUAAAAGUGAAAAGUUUUUCCAUAUCCUGAAAAAAUACACCGAUUGUACUCCAGAGAACAUCAGAAGCCAGCAGCGUUUGUGCGUCCACAAUAAUGUUAUUCUUGCUUUCACACAAAUUCAUGAAUGGAUGGAAUCAGUUCCGAGUGCACAAUCUCUUCUUUGUUUCGGUCCAAAACAACAAUAUCCAGUAUUGUUGCCCUUGUGUUUUAGAUUGCUCAAGGUACUAGAUGCACUUGCGAUCCGCUUCUACGAGUUCCCACAUCAACUACUUGCAUUAGUUCACUUGACGUAUCUUUCUAUCACGUGUGAUAGAGAGCUCCCCAACUCCAUAUCCACACUCGGGAACCUCGAGGUAUUGAUUUUCACUCGGCAUCAUAACAUCAAAUUGUCGAAUAAUGGUCCAGCUUAUCUGCCUAUAGAUAUUUGGAACAUGCAUAAACUGAAGCAACUUUAUUGCAAGGGCUUCGACCUCCCACCUCCUCCGGAUGAUUCUCAUCUUGAGAAUCUUAUAACAGUUUCAGGUUUGAGUGUUCACAGUUGUACCAUAUAAGUGCUUUCUCGAAUCCCCAAUCUGAAGAGAAUAGCCGUUCAGAUUGAAUCGGCACACGACUCAAUCGAAACCUUCAAUUUUUUCAGUCACUUUGCCUCUGUCUAUGAGAGCUUUGAGUCAUUCAAAUGCGUUGUUGUAAAUCCUAAUCUGAGCUCUCUGAUUGUUCGUUCAGUUCCGAUUUUUCCUACGAACAUUAAGAAGAUAAGCCUGAGUGGAUGUGGAUUGACUUGGGAGAAUAUGGAAGUGAUUGCAUCAUUACCGAUUCUUAUAGUGCUCAAAUUGCGAUGGUAUGCCUUUUGCGGCCCUCUGUGGAAAAUUAGCAGAGGACAGUUCCUCAGUCUGGAGUUCUUGCUGCUGGAAGACCUGGAUAUUCAGAACUUGCAAAUUGAUAGUCGAUGCUUAACUCGUGUGAUUGUUAGGCAUUGCUAUAAAUUGGAAAACAUCUUGGAUCGAUCGAGGUUCCCCAAACUACUAGACAUAGAUGACUGCAAACCAUCCUUUAUGAAGAAAAUGCGCGAGUGGCGAUACUAUUCUGGUGAUGAAGCUAAAAUCCAUUCUUCAAGUACCGUCCUAUGAAGAUGGCUUACCGUGAAGAUUCUAUUCGGCAAGUGCUGCAGAUUCUGUUGGGCAAGUGUUGCAUUAAUGGAUAUGCCUUUUCAAAGCUUUCAUAAAACUGUUUAUGAUUUGAUAUUUUCCUGUUUUAAUUUGUAAUUUUUUUUUUUCGGUGAUCAUUAAUAUUUAUGUUUUGGAUAUUUUCUUGAUUUAUUCGUGAGCCGCUUUUGUAAUAAAUGUUUUGGAAUGUGCUC